GGGCUAAGACCGCGAACGGGUCACAGAUUGCUGUGAGAUGAGCCAGAGCCUUGCUUCGUCACCUGCAAGUCAAAGCAUAUUCCGCGAUUCAACAUUCCGUCCAACGGAGCAUAAUAGCUCUCUAUCAGUUACAUCUCCAUGGCUCUCGGAAGCAUACCCACAUUUCUUCUCUUUAUUUCCACCUUCUUCUUCAUGGUACUGGGGGAUGAUGCAGUUGGGAAUUCGGUGAAGUACCCUCUAGUUGUGAGCACUUGGCCCUUCAAAGAAGCUGUUAAAGCUGCGUGGAAGGCUGUUGAUGGUGGGCUUUCUGCCGUGGACGCUGUUGUGGAGGGAUGUUCGACUUGCGAGGAACUUAGAUGUGAUGGUACAGUAGGGCCAGGUGGAAGUCCGGAUGAAAAUGGAGAAACCACAAUUGAUGCCCUAGUCAUGAAUGGGGUGACAAUGGAAGUUGGAGCUGUUGCUGCAAUGAGGUAUGUGAAAGAUGGCAUCAGAGCUGCAAGAUUAGUGAUGCAACACACGGAGCACACUUUGCUUGUUGGGGAGAAAGCAUCAGUCUUUGCCAUUUCAAUGGGUCUCCCUGGACCCUCUAACCUUAGUUCAUCAGAGUCCAUAGAGAAAUGGACUAAAUGGAAAGAAAAUCACUGCCAACCUAACUUUUGGAAAAAUGUUGUGCCUGCUGGUAGUUGUGGCCCUUAUCAUCCAAAGGGCAAAGUGGAUGUCAGUGAGGAAUGUACAAAAACCAACCUGAUGGGAGUUGCUGAACUGAGGUCAUCUCAUAUUAGCCCUCACAACCAUGAUACCAUAUCAAUGACUGUUAUAGAUAAAAUGGGGCAUGUAGCUGUUGGUACAUCAACUAAUGGAGCCACAUAUAAGAUCCCUGGCAGAGUGGGUGAUGGACCAAUUGCAGGAUCUUCGGCAUAUGCGGACAAUGAUGUUGGUGCUUGUGGUGCAACUGGUGAUGGUGACAUCAUGAUGCGCUUCCUUCCAUGCUAUCAGGUUGUGGAGAGUAUGAGGUUAGGUAUGGAACCAAGAGCUGCUGCCAAGGAUGCAAUAUAUCGGAUUGCAAGAAAAUUUCCAAAUUUUGUGGGAGCUGUGUUUGCCGUGAAUAAGAAUGGUGAGCAUGGUGGUGCUUGUCAUGGAUGGACAUUUCAAUACUCAGUGAGGAGCCCAGAAAUGGAUGAUGUGGAGGUUUUCACUGUAUUCCCCUGAACCUGAACUAGGAACCUAUUCAAUGCCGUAAAUUUGGUCCAUAACAUUUGUCAGGGUGGUUUCUUUCAGAAAGUAUUGUUAUAAUUUUGUGCAAAUGUAUGAUGUUCCCAAGACUUGUCUGAUUGAUGAAAUAGAACAAUUAUUCUUGUUUUAUACAAAGGACAUGAUCAGUUUCCUGAAGAUUAAACUUAUCCAAAAUAACAAAAUAAAAAUAAACAUUCUAUGCAAAAUGGACAUAAAAUAUUAAACUUUAACAACCACGGGAAUGCCUUCAAUCAAGAAUCAUUAGAUUUUUUUUUU